UAUAACUAUGGAUUCCGGCCGUGUAUGCUUGAUGGGUGACCAAAAUUUCCAUCGUUGCCCAUUCAUGUGUUGGUCAUGUGACCCUUAAACAAAGCCAUCUCCCUCGAUUUUGCUCGCUCAAUUUCCCAACCUUCACUUACUUUACUUUGUUUCUCUCCCUUCUGUUCUCGAUUCUCCUAAAAAAAAAAAUACAAAAAUCCAAUUCUCAAAUUAAUUGAUAAUUUCCUCUUAGCUUUCAAAUUGUCACCGAAAUCGAAGGCUUGGAAGCUCCACUGUUGACUCACUCAUUUUAGCAAAGUUGUUGUUUGGGUUUCUAGCAAUAAAGAUAGAAGUUCAAUAAUUUGUUGCAAAAUCGUGAAAUUAGUCUAGAGUUUUGCUAUGUAACCUAUGCAAGAGAAUGAAGGUGCAGAUUUUUUUGUUUGCAUGUUUAAUUAGUUAAAAAAGAGGUAGUACUGUUUUUCUGGGUUUGAAGAUAAAAAAGGAACUGGGAUUUCUGGGUUUUUUUUGGUUUUGUCGGGUUGGGAAUACGUGACAUGUGAGUUGUUGAUUACAUAUGGGAUUGAACUCACUGAAAAUUAUGUGUUUGUGGGUUUGAGUUUUGAUAAUGUCAUGGGAAAAUGUAAGGUAUUUUGGGGUGCACAGAAGGUGUUUGAUGAAAUGUUUGGGAGAAAUGUUGUUUCUUGGACUUGUAUCCCGUGUAUGCUUGAUGGGUAUGUUUAUUGUGAGGACUUGAUUAGUGGCGAAAGGGAGUUGGAUGCAAUGCCGAAGAGAAAUCAGGUCUCAUGGAAUGCCAUGAUAUUGAAGCAGAAGACAGAGAUGAAGCAGAGAGCUCAAAGAGGAAGAAGGGAAAAUCAAAGGAGAAAGGAAGGAAGCAAAGGAGGGAAAACUAAAAAAACAAGGAAAAAUCUUGUAUAAAAUGGACAUGUUGAUUGACAUAUUAGUCAAUUCCAACUCGAUACGACGACACGGCCUGAACCAUCUCUACAGAGAAGUAUCUGGGAAAGAAAGGGGAGCUUAAAUAAUAAUUGCUGACGUGGUAUAACCGUCAGGAAAAUACUGUUGCGAGAAUUGAAGCCCAUUUAUGUUUUGGCGCUCAAAAACACAAUUCAACUCUUUCCCCUGUUACUCUUCUCUGAUCAAACCCAAACACUAAAACAUUCAAGAACAAAUUCUCUCUCCUCCCCCUGUAACUCAACUCUGAUUAAACCCAAACGCUAAAAUCUUUCAAGAUUGUAAUCGCCAUGGAUAACGGGAAGGGCAAGAACAAAGUAGAUGAAUACGAUCAAGAACAGAAUUAUGAAGAUGAAUCUGGCAUUUCUACUUUAAGGCAGAAUCCAGAUAUAAUUGGUAGCAGUUCAAGUGACAAUGAGCAUCCUGAAACUGGUGAAAAUUCUAUGAUACCUCAGCCAGAUGAGCCCCUCCAACAGAUAAGUACAGAAUUAGUACUGGCAAUUCCAUGUAGUCAAAUUCAACGAUCUCAGAGACUAAGUGAUGAAGGUUCUGGAAGGAAGAGAACGAGGGAAACUGGUUCAAGUAGCCAGAGUCAAUUUCAUCAUCAGUUGGAAUCUGGUUCAAGUAGCCAGAGUAAUCAUCAGUUGGAAUCUGGUUCAGGGAUCUCGGGUUCAUACCAUUUGGAAAGCCCUUGCACAAGUAAUUAUUCUUCAAGCUUGCCAACAAAUAACAUGGAUGAGGGUUUUAAGGUUAAGGAGGCAUUAAGAAGUCAGUUGGAGGUGCAGACUAAACUACAUUUGCAGGUUGAGGCUGAGAAGCACUUACAGCUAUGCCAGGAUGCAGAACGAAGAUACAUGGCGGCGAUGAUUGAAAGAGCUUGUAGACAACUGCAGCAAGCCCCCCCACAUGGAUUCAACCUUUCUCCAUCUGCACCUGCUUCAUUUCAGUACGGUCAUGUUUCAUGCCAAGGCCAGGAUGCGUACUCGGAUACGACCUCAGACGAGUCAUAUACCAACUUCACUUACAUACCUGUUGAUGCGGUCGAUGAAGAUGUGGUUGAUGAGGAUGAGGUCGAGGAGGAUGAUGUGGUCAAUGAGGAUGUGGUUGAUGAGGAUGAGGUCGAGGAGGAUGAGCCCGCCGAGGAGGGAGGUGGGGGAUGGAAAGUUUGCUGUUGUUAUAUUUUCGCCUCUGCGUUUUUUGUUUUAGUUUAUGCUUGGAUUAAACUCUCCAUGAUGAGUCAGUAAACAGUGUUUUGUAUGUACUUUGUGACAGAAAAUAAAACCAUAAUUGUUGAUUUGUUGA